AUGGAGAAGGCUGUGGAUAAUUUUGUCCACAAGGAGGAUGAUAUGGCAAUGAAUGCAAUGGCAGGGAUGUUUGGCAGGCACUACAGGGGAUCAAGAAGCUUCAUAGCGGAUGCUGUGCAUGUUGGGCCGAUUAUUGUAUCGGUACAGGCUGAGAAGAGAGUUACGAAGGUGCUAGUCAGGUCAGCAAUAGGGUUUAGGGAGUAUAUGUAUUACAACAGCCAUAUUUCUGGAUGUAGGUAUUUCUAUGGAGUGCGGAUGAGUCUUUGCAGGUAUUUUAAUGAUUGUAUUGAUGGAUGGGGGAAUGCGGAGGCUGUAUUUGCAAAGAAAGAAGGCGUGACGAUGGCAGGGAUGCUUAAGUCGUUGUUUUUGUUUGGAGGAUGGUCAUUGAAGAAUGAUCAUGGAAGGCCGAGUGAAAGGAUGUAUGAUGUGAUAAAAACAGGCAUGAUGAGCGAGUGUAAGGAGUUUUGUGCACACAAGAUAAUGGAGAGGAUGGCGGAGAUAGCGUAUGAUGAUGUGGAGAGCAUUGACAACGAGUUCAUGGGUACGAGAGUGUAUGUGGAUGUAGUAUUGAAGUAUGGGCAAGCAGUGCCUGGCAAGGUGUUUGGCAAGAGACUUGAUGAGUAUGGAGCGAGUGUGUGCAAGCAGUUUAGGAUUGGAUGCAUGGGUGAGGAUAGAAAAGGGCUUCGGCUGGCAUUGCUUGGGUUUAUUUUGAAUGAGAUUGAGUAUUUUAGCCAACUGAAUGAGUUUUACAGAAGCAACGAUUUAAGGAUGGGAGGAAGGUUUGCACAUGUUUUCAAGGUGCUUGCAAAAGUGUAUUUGUUUGAAGCAGGGCUUGUGAGAUCGUUGGGCGAGGUUCUUGGAAUGAUAGGCGCCGAUGUAGAGAUGGUUAUUGCGGAUAACGGCUAUUUUGAAACUGUAAUAAGAGAGAUGUGUGUUGAUGAGCUUGAGUUUGAUGAAUAUAUGGUGCUUGAGAGUGUUUUAAAUGUGUUUGACACGAACUUUGAGGGAUUUGAGUGCUACAUGGAUCUGAUGCUAUCGCAAGAGGAUGAGAUUGAAUGGUUACAUGCGUGCAAAGGCAAGAUGUGGGUGCCUGAGGAUAGAAGUGUCAGGGAUUGUAUAUGCAACUGUCUGCAGAGGAUAGUGAGAUAUCCGAUAUUGCUUGAGGACAUUCUGAAGAAGGUUGGAGAAGAAAAGCAUGUAGCAGCAGGACAGGAGAUUUAUGCUCGAAUUGUGGAGUUUAUUGGGAGGAUUGAUAAGAAGAAGGAAGAGCAUGAUAGCAUGAAGCAUGCGCUGAUUGUGAGCAAGAAUGUUGAAGGGCUCGAAGGGAAGCUUAUUGACAAGGGGUUUUUGUAUGAGUUGAGAUGCAUGGAUGUGGAUGGCAAGGCUGUGGCACUGUUUCUGUUUAGCGAUGCUGUUGUUAUAUCUGAUAGAAGUGGAUCGUCUGUGUCGAUAUCUGAUGUAAGUGAUGGAAGAUAUGUGCUGCGAUGCCUACUGAAGCGAGAGGAAGUGGAGGUUUUUGCGAUUGGGAAGUGUGGCCUUAAGGUAGUUGCAGGAGCUGGUGAUGGAGAGUUUUGGCAGAUAAAAGAGAGCUAUGAGGAUGUUGUUGUUGGAGCGAUGUAUUUCAGUGGAUGCUCUGAGUAUUCUCUGAAGUGCUUUAUGGAUGAAUAUGUCAGGUCUGAGAUUGGGGGGAUGAAGGAAGUGUAUUCGGCAGAAGGGGAGGUUUUUUUUAGAAUGAAGAGGAGUGUCGAUGAAAUUGGAGAGCAGCGAGAUAUGUUGGUGUGCAUGGAUGCAAAUGAUUUCAGCAAUGUUGAUGGGCCGGCCAUUUAUCUUGAUGCUGAUGAAGGAGUUGUUAAGAUGAAAGAUACCGAGGAAGUGGAGAUGUGCCAGGGUAAGGAAGAGGCAUUGAGUGGAUUUGCGAUGCUUGUGAAGGAAAUGGCUGUUUGUGUAAAGGCACGAGCUGUUUGCAGGGGAGGAGCUAGACAGUAUCCAGGCGUGUUUGCAAGGUACAGGAUGAAGCUUCGGGAGGUUGUUGAGAAGUACAGUGAUAGUAGAAUUGUUGAGUUUGUAGGGGAUCAAUGCACCGACGAAGUGCCUGAAAGUCUCAAGGCAAGAAUGGCAAAGGCAAUGAUGGGAUAUUUGAGCAGGCAGAUGACAUACUUUGUAGGAGCGUUGAAGCAUAAGAGCCGAUGUGAGUGGAAAGAGGAUUACGAGGUGUGCAGUGUGAUGAAUGAAGUGGUAAAAGUGGUUAUGAAGAGAUGGGAAGUUGACGACAUGGUGUUUAGCAAGUAUGAUGCAGAAGAGGUUCUUUGCCUGCUGAUGUACUUUAUCAAGACCAAUGUGUAUUCGUUUGUAAGCUUGAGGGAUAUACAACACCUGUACAGAAUGCUAUUUGUUGAGAAUGUAUAUUUACUGACGGCAGUGGUGCAUGGGAUUGGAUCGAAGCAAUUUAUUUCGUCGUUGUUUGAUGUUAUACUGUAUGCAAGAGGCAAGAUACCGAUGAAGCAUGUAUUGAAGGCACUUCGAGUGAUUUUCUAUGAGUUUGAGGUCCCUGAAGGCAAGCUUGCGGAGAUGCUUGGCAAGAUACACUGGGAUGUUUGA